AUGUUUUCACGAUCAGUCGCUUCUAGCCUCCUGCGGCAAGCUGCUCGGCCAGCAGCCCGGCCGGCAGUUCGAGCUCCCCUGUCGGCAUUCCGCAUGCCCGUCCCUCUCACGCCCUUCCAGAUGCGACUGCUGUCCGAUGCCACUCGCGGCGCCAUUGACAAGGCCGUUGCCUCUGCGCCCGUCGUGCUCUUCAUGAAGGGAACCCCCGAAACGCCCCAGUGCGGCUUCUCCCGCGCCGUCAUCCAGAUCCUCGGCAUCCAGGGCGUCAGCCCCGAGAAGUUUGCGGCCUUCAACGUCCUGGAGGACCCGGAACUGCGCGAGGGAAUCAAGGAGUACUCGGACUGGCCCACCAUCCCGCAGCUGUACCUGAACAAGGAGUUUGUUGGCGGAUGCGACAUCCUGGUCUCGAUGCACCAGAAUGGAGACUUGGCGAAGCUAUUUGACGAGAACAAGGUCCUAGUCGAGGCGGAGGAGGGCGAUAAGAAGGAGCAGCAGUAA